AUGGACAUUCCCAGCUACCGGCCCAGCCUGAUCGAGCGCAUCAACGUCAAAGUUUUUGACGUCGUCAACAAGGUCGUCCCCUGGCACAGGCUGCCCGGCUUCCUUGGCGCUUUCAACCUCGUCGCCCUCCGCGUCUCCCUCCGCUCCAACAACCUCCACGAUGGCUAUGCCUCUACCGAAACUCAGGGCAACAGCCUCGACGACCCCCUGACGGACGAGCGCUUCCUUCAUGCCCGCAACUCGGACGGCAAAUUCAACUCGCUCGACAUGCCGCGUAUGGGAUGUGCCGGCAUGCGCUUUGGCCGCCAAUUCCCCCGCGAGCACUGCAAAAAGCCAACGGAGAGGGAGCUCUGGACCCCGAACCCGCGCAUGAUUAGUGAGAGGUUCAUGGCCAGGAGGGCGCAAGGCUUCAUACCGGCAACUGGUUUGAACCUGCUGGCGGCCGCGUGGAUCCAGUUCCAGACCCACGACUGGUUCAGUCACCAAAAGAGCAACGAUUCGUUUGAUAUCCCCCUUUCCCCUGGCGACGCCUGGCCUCAGGGUCACAUGAAGCUAGCCAAGACCAAGACCGACGACAUUCUCGAUCCGUCAGACUUCGAGACCCCGGGAUACAGAAACGAAAACACGUCGUGGUGGGACGCGUCGCAGGUCUACGGCUCGAGCGAGGCUGCCACACAUAUGCUUCGAGCCCAGCAUCCGGAUGGCAAGCUGGCCAUGUCCGAAGACGGCAUGCUGGGCACGCUUCCCCACGACGCAACUGGCAUACCCACCACGGGCUUUUACGACAACUGGUGGCUCGGGCUAGAGAUGCUGCACUCACUGUUUGUGCUCGAGCACAAUGCCAUCUGUGACAUGCUCCGGGAGGCGCAUCCGAACUGGUCUGGUGACAAGCUCUUCGACACGGCUCGGCUGGUCAACUGUGCAUUGAUGGCCAAGAUACACACCGUCGAGUGGACGCCUGCCGUGCUGGCCCAUCCUGCUCUCAAGAUUGGCAUGAAGGCGAACUGGUGGGGGCUUGCUGGCGAGACGCUGACGAAGCUGGUCGGAAGAAUAUCCAAGACGAGCGAGUCUGUCAGCGGCAUCCCGGGGUCGGGCGUCGACUACUUUGGCGUUCCAUAUUCCCUGACUGAGGAGUUUGUAUCCGUGUACAGGAUGCAUUCUCUGAUUCCAGACAACGUUGCCUUCUUCAAAGCCGCCUCUGGCAACCACCACUCUACCGUGCCCACCGAGGAGAUGAUUUUUAGCAAGGCUCGAAAGCCCUUUGAUGCAGGACUUGGCCUCGACGAUGCCUGCUACUCGUUUGGUAUCAACUACGCGGGCGCCAUUACCAAUAAUAACUACCCCGAGUUCCUCCGCCGCCUUCGCACGCCCGACGGCCAGUUCCGGGACAUGGGCACCGUCGACAUCCUGCGUGAUCGUGAGCGCGGCGUCCCGCGGUACAACCAGUUCCGUCGCCUGCUUGGAAUGUCGACACCAAAGACAUUUGAGGAGCUCACUGGCGGCAACAAGGAGCUCGCGCAGGAGCUGCGGGAGGCCUACGAUGACGACAUUGAGGCCGUGGACACGCUCGUUGGGUCCCACAGCGAGCCGCUGCCCAAGGGCUUCGGCUUCAGCGAGACGGCGUUUCGCGUAUUCAUCGUCAUGGCGAGCGGCAGGCUCAAGAGCGACAGGUUCUUUGCCGACCAGUGGAACGAGGAGACGUACAGCAAGGAGGGGCUGCGUUGGGUGCAGCACACGACGAUGAAGGACGUCCUGGUGAGGCAUUGUCCUGAGCUGGGUAGGGUGCUCAAGAAGGGGACCAAGAAUGUCUUUGCGCCGUGGGACAAGUUGCCCAAGUCAACUUCGUACGGCGGUGUCGAGACGAAUGCGUAA